CGGGUGGUUACGCUUACGCGGUUUGAGAGGGCGGCGGCGGAUUUAGGGCGCGCUUUAGCGGUGGGUGAGUGGGACCAUGGGGUGCUUCUUCUCCAAGCGGAGAAAGCAGGCCAAGGAGCCGAAGCCCAACGCGGAGAGCGGGGACCGAGACGGCGCUGCGCCCCCGGAGGCCGAGAAACAGCCGCAAUACAGCUGGGACCAACGACCCAAGAUUGAUCCUAAAGAUUACAUGUUUUCUGGACUCAAGGAUGAAACAAUAGGACGUUUGCCUGGGAAAGUUGCAGGGCAACAGUUUGUUAUUCAGAAUUGUGAGAACUGCAAUAUCUACAUCUUUGACCACUCUGCUACAAUCACGAUUGAUGACUGUACAAGCUGCCGAAUUUUUUUAGGACCUGUAAAAGGCAGUGUGUUUUUCCGUGACUGCAAAGAUUGUAAAUGUGUAGUGGCUUGCCAACAGUUUCGUACCCGGGACUGCAGAAAGUUGGAAGUGUUUCUGUGCUGUGCUACCCAACCUAGUAUCGAAGCUUCUACAGGUGUGAAGUUUGGGUGUUUCCAAUACUACUAUCCAGAGCUGGCUUCGCAGCUGAAAGAUGCGGGACUGAGCAUCUUUAACAACACAUGGAGCAAUAUCCAUGAUUUCACACCAGUCUCAGGAGAGAACAACUGGAGCCUUCUACCUGAGGAUGCUUUAGUUCAGGACUAUGUACCACUGCCAACUACUGAAGAACUGAAAGCUGUAAGGAUUUCAACUGAUUCCAACAGAAGUAUAAUUCCAAUAACACAGGGAAGACGUCAGAAGCACAGUGAGGAGUCUUGUUUGGCGGUAUUCUUUGGUGGGGAUUACACAACAGCUAAUGCUAGAAAGUUAAUCGAUGAGAUGAAUGGCAAAGGCUUUUGGCUGGUACAGACUAAAGAAAUUUCAAUGAAAGCUGAUGAUGCUCGGCGAGUGUUCCAGGAAAAAGCUUCUGAAUUUAUCCCUUUACUUGAAAAUGGUCCUGUUGUUGCUCUAGAGUUCAGUGGAGAUGGUUCUGUAACAGCUUGCCAAGAUAUUGUUGCUAAUAUAUUCAGUGGAGCUAAGGUCUUUGUAUCAGAGGACAAGUCAACUGCUUCUAGAGAAGUAGACAACUUCUAUAACUUUGCUGAUAUGCAGAUGGUAAUGUGAAAUAAACACAAGCAUCUUAUUGAGCAGUGACCACCUUGAUGGUUGAGAUGUACAUUAGGUUUGUAUAGCACUCUGAAUUAAUAGUCAAAUGUUUGAAGGAAAGUAAGAAAGUACCAAAACAGAAUGCAUCCCACAGAUACUAUACAAUUCAAGUACCUUUGCAAACCUCUUUUAACGUGACUAUUUCUAAAUGUUGCAUACAAUAUUUAAACGUUAUGGUAAGCAAAAUAUAAUAGCCCUACAGAAGUUAGAAAGCUGGCACAGGUACACAUUGGUUUUGGUUAACAUUAAACUGAUUUGCAACUAAAACCUUUACUUCUGAAUGAACAUAAAUUCACUUUUAUUGGUGUUGUCAAAGUUACAUUCAAUCUGAUUUUCAGUGGAAGAGAACUAAGCGCUUUCUGACUGAAAUCAAGAUGAUUGAAAAAAUUUAGUCAAUGGAGAAGUUUUUAACUUUGGCCGGGUUGUUUCACGUAUUUGUAAGUACUAGCGAUGAUAAAUCCAGUUUAAUCUUUUGCUUUCAAGUUGCAGUUCUACACUGACUUUCAAUAUCUAGCAACUUUGGUGGUUAAGUUACAGCAGCUCAAGAAGUAGGGUUUGUAGAAGCAUGCAGGGUUAGUGCUUCUGUUUCUGAGGCAAGCAUCCAACAUAGGGAUUUUUAGCUCUUGCUGCUGGUGCCAUUUGUGAAUCUCACUUUGGAUUCUUGUAUGAGGCAUCUGUCCAAAUGUUUUGAAUUCAUAAGAAAGCGGGACUUGUAGAAAUGGAAAAAUUCUACUUUUGAUUCCCUCCUUAUAUAAAGCCAAGAAUAUAAGCUUACAGCUCCUGCCUCUGAAUGACCAAAUCUGCCCUGAGACAUCAGUGAGUGUCAAAUGACUUGAUUCUGUUACUUUGGCCAUCUGUAAACUUUUAAUUGUGCAGAUGACUGUAUAUCUAAUAUUGAAGGAGGAAGUAUCUGCAGACUUGAGAUGGUUUAGGAUGGCAAAAUAAAGAUGACUGAAAUUGAAGACCAAGCUAAUAAUGCAAUCAGACCAUUACUCAUUCUGAGUGCUAGAAUAAAAUUUAUGUUUCUUAGCUAUGCUGAAUGUGGAUAGCACCUUGCUUUAAGUAAAUUGAGUAAAUAUGAUACUCAACAAGGACUGUAGCUGUAAUGAGUUUUAGAAACUGUGAUGUGUUACAUAAACUGUAAAAUUUUCAUUU